AAAAACGUGAACCGGUUUAUAUAUUAUUAAAUGAAUCAGCUGCAUUACUCAUCGGAACUUGCAGUUCCCAGCAUUUCCCUGAGCAUGAAGGUUCUAUUCGUAUGCAUUGGAAACACCUGCCGCUCUCCAAUGGCCGAGGCCAUAUUGAAGCAUUUAGUACUGAAGCAUAAUCUCCAGGAUUGGUACGUGGACAGCGCUGGCCUUAGAGAUUGGAAUGUGGGUUUGGAGCCCCAGGCCCGUGGCCAACUCUUGCUAAAACAACAUGGUCUUAAAACGAACCACUUGGGGCGCCUGAUAGUGCCCCAAGACUUUUACGACUAUGAUUACAUAUUCGCUAUGGACAAUAGCAACCUGAGUGAACUUCAGCAAAUGGCAACUAGGCUUAGUCCCAGCCCAAAGUGCAAUAUUCUCUUGCUGGGUAGCUAUAUUGGACGCAAGGAGGAUGAGAUAAUCCAGGACCCAUAUUUUAGUCAAGGCAUGGGAGGUUUUAAUACAGCAUAUCUGCAGAUUCUGGAAAGCUGCGAGCGUUUUGUGGAAAACUAUCAGAUGGAAAAUAAAAUUUAAUAUUUAAUAACCAUA